UUUAUAUAUUCAUUUACAAAUUUGAAAGCAUCAUUGGUAACGCAUAAAACUCUAAAAGAGAAUGUUUAUUUCAUCUUUGUAAAGGUAAAUUCUGAUUUUGGGGAAAUAUCAAAGUCUAAGUCUAACAAGUUACCUGUAGAACUUAAAAGUUAUAAAAGCAAAGAAGACGUUUCACACGAAGUCAGUGGACAAGUUGCAGUUGUUCAUGACAACUUGGGAUACAAACACGAUGAACGCACGGAGCAGAGCUUUGCACAAAGAGCAACUGAGCUUCCUGAUAACACGAUGGAAUACGAAAAUAAAGAAAUGUCAACAGAAGACAGUAUUCCCAAAGAACUUAGUAUUAUGGAAGCAAUUAAGUUUGCUCUAAGAUGCCGCAGUUUCUAUGUAGUAUGGCUGACAAUAAUGCUGAUGAACGGAGGCAUGCAGUUUAUAAAUGGCCUUUACAAGGCUUAUGAGCUUACAUUUAUAGAUGAUGACCACUUUCUAGCAUUAGUAGGCUCAUUGGCUGCCGUAUUUAAUUGCAUUGGACGUCCGAUCUGGGGAGCUGUUAUGGACAAAACAGGCUUCAGGGUUGCAAUCCGUUGUGUAUCUGGGGGAUUUGUAAUUCUACUUGCUACACUACUUCUUACCGAAUAUUUGCCGAAGUAUCUGUUUUUGGUGUGGAUUUGUGCUUUGUAUUUCUUCUUCUGUGGAAUUUGGUCCAUUAUGCCAGCAACUCUUGCUAAACUUCUGGGUCCACAACACAUGGCUAUCAACUACGGGAUCAUUUAUACGGGACUGUCCUUGGUCAGCAUACUAGGCAGUCUUUUCGGAACGUCGUUAAAGGCAGUGAUUGGAUGGCAUGGGUUGUUUUAUAUGGCAGCCGGACUUGGAGCUUUAGUGUUUCUUAUUUCGUUCUUAUUCAAUGGAGUAGACCGCAAAGGGAAAAGAAUAUGAAAGACAUCGUGAUGAUGAUAACCAAAAUAUCGCCAAACAAAAGUAUUUACUUCUGAACUCAAGGAGCAAUGGCAAACAAACACGCUGAUUAAGGAUAUGGGCGAGAUAUGUUUAAACAGAAUCAUUGUAACAUUAAUGCAUGUUACUAUCUCACACACUUUUGUUUUCUGAUCAUUGUUGCUAUUAUGUAUUCAUCUUGUUAGCUGCUUUACAAAGUGUUGCGAUUUUUUUGUUAAUUUGAUGUUACUUGUGUACAAUAUUCUGAAUAUCUUGGUGUGUUGUCUACAUGUAUGUGUAUUAAUUUUCAAACAAGUAUACUAUGAUCUCUCCCUAAAUGUCACUGUUUAUGUAUGGAACGCGCUCGCUUUCGCUUGUAUAACGUUUCACAAGAUAAAUAUUUGAAUUUCUAGGAAGAUGGAAACUUAUAAAACACAAUCAUUUAAACAAAAACAUUUCCUAGGCUUUGUUGAUAUUAAUGUAUUUUACUUCACUGAAGUAAAUAAAAUAAAAUACAGAUGUUAUAAUUAUCGAUGUACCAAUGAGGUUACCUAAAAGUUAGUCUACACAAAUUAUCACUGCAGCACACGUGACAUGUCGCCGUCCGGUUAGAUGCAUGGCUUCCUAGGCUAGUGGUGCUAACCAUAAUUAAGGUAUAUCUGGUUGUUGUUGGUGAACAUGUGUUCAGUAUAUUUAUAUCUAUUCUUUGGAAUAUAAAACAAGAAUCUAUGAGACAUCCAUAGUUCUAUUAAAAAUUUGCAUGAGAAAACAUACAAACUUUAUGACAUGCUUAUGUUUGAUAUUUCUGUUUAUCAUUUGAAAUCAAUAUAAUUAGAAAGAAACUGAAUUGGACAUGUUAUCUUGGUUUCAUCACAACGGAUAACUCAGAGUCUGAACGUAUAGCAGUUUUAAAAGAUGAAAGCGCUAACCGUCACAAUCAUCAAUGUACGAAUACCUUUACUUAUUUGAGCCGUGCCAUAAGAAAACCAACAUAGUGGCUUUGCGUCCGCGCAGUCUUGUCAGGAUCCAUGCUGUUCGCUUUCAAAGCCUAUUGCAAUUAGAGAAACCGUUAGCGAACAGCAUGGAUUCUGACCAGACUGCGCUGAUGCGCAGGCGCGCAGGCUGGUCUGGAUCCAUGCUGGUCGCAAAGCCACUAUGUUGGUUUUCUCAUGGCGCGGCUCAUUUAUUCCAUUUCGUUAAGUGAAAAUACAAAUAUAUUCGAAAAAGAAAACGUUUAUCUUGUUUCUUGUAUAACAGCAGUAUAGACACACUGCAAAUUAUGAGAUCAAUUAUGUAUAAUUUUGCGAAUGCACUUAAUUUAAUAAAUAUGACACACUAAUCAAAUUCAAUAUUUCAUUUCAAUAAACAGAGAGUUUAAUCAGUUCCAUACUGAAGGCUCGUAACCAUGAAUAUAACUGAAUCAUUUAGAAAAGCUUUCACGGUGUUGUGAAUUAAUAUGCACGUACAUGAUAGUGAGCUAAUUACAAGGCAUAGCGAAAGACAAAACUGAAAUUUUCUCACGUCGCUGAUUACAGAAGUGCUCUGUGUUCAUGUAUAACUUUGAUGAUAGUUACUCGGAUGUUGUAUUCGAGACGAGCGGAUUUUGACAGGACUGGACCACACGAGGAGCUACUGUUAUCAUGACUCUUGUAUCAAAAACAACCAUCUUUUUUAUUCAAACAUUUUCAGAAGGCCAAACACGCAAACGGAUUUUCACCUAGUGCAGCACUGAUCUUGGUUUCUGCUAGUUCAAUUUUGUUUUAGAUGUACAAGUAAUAUUUUACAGAACAUUUGUAUUAAUGACGUAGGUAUUUU